UUCUCCCUGCUUCCAGGGAUUAUCUUCAGCAAUGGGGAAAGAUGGAAGGUGCUCCGGCGCUUUGCCCUCACCACCCUGCGCAACUUUGGGAUGGGGAAGAAGAGCAUCGAGGAGAGGAUCCAGGAGGAAGCCCAGUAUCUGCUGCAAAAGCUCCGGGACACAAAAGGGAAGCCCUUUGACCCCACCUUCCUGCUUGGCUGUGCUACGUCCAACAUCAUCUGCUCCAUCGUCUUUGCAACCCACUUUGAUUACCAGGAUGAGAGGUUUCUAGCCCUCCUGGACCUGUUGAAUGAGAACCUCAAGACUUUUAGCUCUCCUUGGGGACAGCUCAGCAAUCUCUUUCCAACUUUAAUGAACCUCAUUCCGGGGCCUCACCACACAAUAGAGAAAAACACGCAAAAGAUGGAAGAUUUUGUUUUGGAGGCGACUAAACAGCAUAAGGAUACCCUUGAUCCCAAUGCUCCACGGGAUUUCAUUGACUGCUUUCUUAUUAAAAUGGAACAGGAAAAAAAGAACAGCGCGUCAGAGUUCACCCCUGAAAAUAUGCUGACCUCCAUACUUGAUUUGUUUGGAGCUGGAACAGAAACAACCAGCACAACCCUCAGAUAUGGGCUCUUGAUUCUCCAGAAAUACCCGGAGGUAGAAGAGAAAGUGCAUGAAGAGAUUGACCGCGUGGUCGGUCGAGCCAGGGCACCGUGCAUAGCUGACCGCGGGCAGAUGCCUUACACAGAUGCUGUCAUCCACGAAAUCCAGAGGUUCAUCUCUCUUGUCCCACUGAGUGUCCCCCACGCAGUGGCCAAAGACACCACCUUCCGACAAUACAUCAUCCCAAAGGGCACCACCAUCUUCCCUGUCCUGACCUCUGCGCUGUACGACAGCAAAGAAUUUCCAAACCCCACAGAAUUUGACCCACAGCAUUUCUUGAAUAAAGACGGGACCUUCAGGAAGAGUGACUACUUCAUGCCCUUCUCGGCAGGUAAACGGAUCUGUGCAGGGGAGGGCCUCGCCCGCAUGGAGCUGUUCCACUUCUUGACCACCAUCCUGCAGCACUUCAAACUGAAACCCCUCCAGGAUCCCAAGGACAUCGACCUCUCUCCCAUCAUGAGCAGCACCAACAAUCUCCCUCGGCCUUAUCAGCUCUGCGUUCUCCCUCGCUGAGGGAGGGGGCCUCUGGCUCAAUGUAUUUGCAUGCCAAUUAUGUUUUUCCACAUUCAUUUUAGCCAUUUUUUCAGUCUCCUCAACUUUGGAACCCAGUGCUUGC